UGCACAAAUUCCUUCAAUGAUAUAUAUUAACUUGUAGUACGCCGUAGUACAUACAGCCCCUAGCCAUGAUAUUUAGAGUAAAUAUUAAAAUUUUUGAACGAAAAUUCAAAAAACGUUGCGUCACAUUUCCGAACGGCGCGUCUCCGUCACGCCGUUCGGCGCUACCAACUUCAUUGUCGUUUUCAUGCAGCCGACGGCCAUUACGCGUCAUCUAAUUUUAAAGUGUUUUCUGCGUAUAAAAGUGGAAAAAAUGCGAAUUAUAAUGUAUCGAAGAAAAUUAGACAGUGUGGAAAGUAAUCUGUUUGAUAAAUUAGGCGAGAAAAUAAGAAGAGUAGGAGAGGAAGAUAGAAGAAAGCCGAUCAACGCGGGCGUCCCUCGCCGCCAUGAUCGCGGGCAUUGCGGACUUUAUUGUUUGCGUUAUCUUACAAGAUCCAAACCGCGCCCUAGGUUUGCCUUAUAUUCGAGAUCACCAUCUCUGCCUGCGGCGUCGAGAAGUAGUAACAGGUCUCCAUUGGUUGUCAUUGAGAUUCUGACGACCUCCAUAAUGAAGCACAAAUGCAAUUGAAGAUCUAAGCGAUGAAGUCUUAACCUCUCGGUGAGGCACUUGAGCAGGUUGUUUUUUGG